UUUUUAUUUUUGUUCUUAUUAUUGUACAAUGUUAUUCUUCUAAAUAAAGCCUUUAAAAAGAUAAACAAAGGGACCUUUAGCCUGACAUAUGGAGAAAAAAAGCAGCAUCCAGAAGAUGGCAGUGAUGUUUCCUCUACAACGCAAACCCCCGUGAAACCUGGAAGAAGAGAGGAAAAAGAAGCAGGAGCAGAAGAAGAAGAAGGAAAAAAGAAGAAGAAUUAAAGGUGAUGCCUGUGGUGUAGCUAUGCAAGUUUCCUCAAACCUGCACCUGAUUAUUCUCCUUCCUCAUUACUCUGCAAGGCCACCAAUACCAGAUGAAGCUUGGUAACAAGUACUGAUGGGGAAAAAACUCAAGUUUUUCUCAACUCCCGCCAAGCGACUGCCAUGCUCAUGCUAAAAUCAGAAACAGGUAAGGGAGUUUGGAAAAGCACAUAAGACUGAACAGGCCCAGUGCUUGUGUUGGUGAUAGAAAAGAGAAGCCAUCCUAUCAGUAGGUUGGCAGCACCUGUGGCUGACACGUCCAGAGGAUGACUAGCCUGUUCAGGCGCAGCAACAGCAAUGGAGGCUCUCGAAGUAAUGGAAGUGGAGGUGGGGGCAGCAGCACCCAGGGGCAGCUCAACAACAGCAGACCCAACCGGCAGGUCAGGCGCCUUGAGUUCAAUCAGGCCAUGGAAGACUUCAAGACCAUGUUCCCCUCCAUGGACUAUGAGGUGAUUGAGUGUGUGCUGCGCUCCAACAAUGGAGCUGUGGACACCACCAUCGACCAGCUGCUCCAGAUGAGCAUUGAGGGACAAGGCUCAGAUGACAGCUCAGACUCGGAUGACAGCAUCCCUGCAGAGAUUCUGGAGCGAACUCUGGAACCUGACAGCUCGGACGAAGAACCACCUCCAGUUUACUCGCCACCAACAUAUGACAUGCACAUUUAUGACAGGAAGUACCCAGAGGCCCCACCAACACCCCCACCACGAUUUGAAGCCCAUCCACCAGCAGGUCACCAGCAGGUCAGAAGCUACCGGAACUGGAACCCCCCUCUGCUUGGAAAUCUCCCAGAUGAUUUCCUGAGGAUCCUGCCACAGCAGUUAGACAGCAUCAAGACUUCACAGAGCAACCUGUCUCAGCCUUCAAUGUCCUCCUCGUCCUCGGUGUCCUCAAUAAGUCAGUGGACAGCUCAGUCUGGCUCUGGGUGUGGGGCUGCAGGGACUGCUGGAGGUCCUGGUUUGACAACAGGAGCUACAGAGCAAGACAGUAAACUGAAGCAGUAUCUGGAGGAUGAACGAAUUGCCCUCUUCCUGCAGAAUGAGGAGUUCAUGAGAGAGCUGCAGCGUAACCGGGAAUUCCUCAUCGCAUUAGAGAGAGAUCGCUUGAAGUAUGAAUCAAAGAAAUCAAAGUCCAACCAUUCAUCUAGCAUGGAGAAUUCCACAGGAGAACAAUACUCUGCAGCAUCAGCAGAGGCUGUUUCAGACGAUGCCUUGUUCAGAGACAAACUCAAACACAUGGGCAAAUCAACAAGAAAAAAGCUGUUUGAAAUUGCCAGAACGUUUUCUGAAAGGACAAAGAGAAAAAAGUCAAAAAGGAGGAUGCUCCUGAAGCAUCAUUCAUUGGGCACAGCCAAUUCUACGGUCAAUCUCCUUGAAGAAGUGGAGGGGAACAACUGUGAGGAAGAUGGUCAGCCCAGAAAAGCAAACACUCAGGAAGAGACUGAACAGCGCCAUGAGCCGGUUUCAUGAUUUUCCCAUACUGUACCAUAUCGGAGUUGCCAUGGCGACAGCAGCACGACACAUUGGUGGUGGCUUUGCAGCGCUUCCUGUCCCGACUUACUCACCCCGCCCUAAUCCAAACUCGCUGAUGUAAGGCUCAGCAAGGAGUGGAGACCUCCCCACCUUCCUUCCUGGGGGAGAGGAGCUGAACUGUUCCCAGCUCUGAGCCGUCUGUAAAAUCAUUUUCUCUGUAUUAUAACACUUAGUUGAUUAUAUGAUUUUAAAUGUAAAUGAAAUGCAUUAGUCCUUACAAUACUUAACACCUUCCUUUAAUCCACUAAGCGGAACACUAGUGUUGUGAUGAUCUUUCCAUGAGAUCUUUAUUACUUUUCCUUUCUUGUUCAGUAACAGUCGCUUUCUGACUCGGGUCCCUCAGGCCAGACGAUUCGAGUCCAAAGUGUGAACAUGCUCUAUAGGAAUUCUCUACACUAAAUCCCAUAGAUUUUUUCUUCUAAAUGAUGCUUUCUAAAUCAGAUUGCAGUAUUUUUUCUGUUAUUGAACGUCACAUGGGUUGUUGAGUGAAUUUCUUAAAUGUCUGAAUAUUAUGGCCAUUAAAACUUCUGGCUACUCAAAUGUCAACACUUCUCCAUGGCCUGAAGAGUCUGGUCACAUUUAAAGGUCUGUGCUCCUGGAAAGUGUGAAUGUUGCAGCAGAUUUUUUUUCCUAUUAGCUGUGCUAAAAGUAAGUAUUGCAAAGGAAAGAUUUCUCAUUUAAUAUUGAAGCAGGGUGACAUGAUGAUGAGGAAGUAGGGGUAUCAUGCAGAGGAUAACAUGAACUUGCUCAUUUUCAAAGGGCUAACAGUGAAUCUGGAUAAACUUAAAAGGAACCUGUGUCCAAAGGCUAAGUGCAUCCACCUGGUCUGAAUGGCCACACCCUUAAGGUGAGGUAAAAAGGACAGAUGAUUUCUUUAUUUGUGCACAUUUUCAAAGACAUUUUUUACUGCUUUCAAAGUGUUGGACUCAGUUGCUCAUUUAAAGAGUGGCGGAGGAAGAUGUGGAAAGAAUGAAAAGAAAGGUAAGUUAGUUUCUACUUAUCACGUCUUAUCGCUUCAGUAGCUAAUGUCAACAAAAAUAACAGAUUUGAUGAUAACAUGAGCUUGAAGCCUGGUUGGGCUGGUAGCAAACUUGAUGAGUAGCAGAGAGUAAGAUCAGGAAGUGUUGGCAUGUUUGAAGACCAGUGAUGACGGCAGAAAAAAGGUGCAACUUUACGAAGUUUCGUAAAAUGAUCUCGAAGUUUCUUUCAAGGUGCAGUGUGUAACAAAAGCAUAUCUUUUAAACUGUGUUUCUAUUGGUAUCUAAUCACUUCAUCAAAAUAGUUGUUUUUUAUUUUUUUAGAAUGCCCCAUUUAUAUCUACUUGCUGUGGGUCCACAUAUGUGGCAGCUGCCAUAUUUGUGCCACCAUUUAUACUACGGUGUCUCUGAAUGGACAAACAAGUCUGUGUGUGAAGUGAGAACCUCUGAGCUUUCAAACUUCAGUAGCAGUUUGUUUGACGGGUGCCAGAGCCGUUUGGGUUAAGCAACUCCUUUAGGGCUCAUAGAUGAAGACCGUACACAUGUAGUGUAGCCUGAAUUUUGGCCACUGACGGCCACCGUCCAUUUCUAACUGCUUGGCAUUUGAGGUCAUUUCUAUGCCCUUCUUAACUUCUAGAUGUCAGUAAUUCUUACACACUGUACCUUUAAGUAACCGGCAUGAUAAGUGCUGGUUAAAUUCUCCAAAUCGUCUUUAGUUUAAUUUAAUUUUCUAUAGCUUUAUAUACCCUAGAUAAAACAAGGACAGAUGGGUGAGUGUGAGCAUCUAGUGACUUCAUGUUUCCCUUUUGUGGCUUUUUCUUAAAGUUUGUAAAAAAAAAAAGAAACAAACAAAAAAAAGAUCCUUAGUAAUGAAUAUUUUGAACUGUAUCUUUUAAUAAUGAUCCUUCUGAUAAAGUUUAUGUGACAGGAUUGUAAAAACACACCAGGUGAAGCACCUGCUGUAAUUUUUAGCGGAAUAUUUGUAGUUUCACAUCAAAGCUAUCGUCUUCGACCUCAUUAUGUUUUCCAACGAAGUCCAGGAAAGUGCUAACGAAGACAUAGACCUUACACGAGGAAACAACUUCCCUUUGGUUGGUCAAAAGAAAGCUGAGGACACAGUCCUCUUCCUUGGACUCCUAAGUUUACCCUACAUAGUGUAGCAAGAAAUUUAAUCCUUAAAAAGAUAAAAAAGCUCCAAUCUUUCAAGGUUGGGACAGUGUUUUUAUGCCUUUUAGACCUGUGUUUGGGGUUUUCCCCGUAAAUAUCACUCACAUCACUCUGCCGUUUCAGUAAGCAGCUCAUGUCUUCAUCAUCUCGUUGUCUUGUUAGGAAGACUUGAGAAUUAACGGUUGUGACGUCCACAUAAAUAACAAGAUGCUAUUAAUGUGGCUGGUGGACAAAAACAAGGCACUAAAGCUUGUGAGAUUUGUAUCCUCUUUUUACUGUUUGUUUUUUAUGUAUGUGAAUUAGCAUAGAAGUAAAGAAUGAUGUAGCAGGAAGGCAUUAUUAUAAAACAUGGCUGUGUUACAAUAUGGCAAAGUUUACAGUGCAAUGCUUCAAAUAAACGUCCUGAUUUGAAGCAGUGCAGUUAGAAUCAGCUGGUUUUGUAAUUUUGUGCAUUAAGAGGUUCAGAAAAGCUUCCCAGAUGAACCUCUCGGGGGAUUUGUACUUCAUUUAAAUGUGAUUGCAUUGAUGCCAUUUGUUUCUGUGCGAUGUUGGACUGACACUAACCUCAAAUAAGGAAUAUAAAGAAACCACUGCAGUGUUAAAUGCAUGCCCAGACCAGUAACUGUGUAUGCAUACAUUUUAAAGCUCAAUUUGUCAGCCAUCGCUGAUGGAAAGCAAAAUGUUUCAAGAGCUGUUUCUCUGGAAAUGGUAUAAAUCAUUUUAGUUUAAUCACAAUACGGCAAAUCAAUUCAAUAGACAAAGCUUGAAAUGGACAAACCUAUUACGUAUGUAAGGAAGCAUAAAGGGGCGUUUAGAGUCAUUUUAGAACUUGGUAAUAACAACCAAACCAGGUCAGACAGCUACAAUGUCGAUGUUUCCAGUUUGAAUGGAUGCUGUCCAGUCAUGGACUGUUGGAUUGAUGUGUCGAUGUAAAUACCAGUUUAGCAGCAAAGGAUUUCAUGAAAACAAUGAACUAAUAAGCAGCUUGGACAUCAGCUAGCAAGAGGGAAUAAUUAACAUAGAUUCAGCUAUAAAAAAAAAAACCCACUCCAAAACAAUACUAAGACCUGAAUGCUGCAUCCAUCCAGUAAGGCUGUCACCAGCUGACCGAAGCAGACAUUAAUACAGUUUUCCUCAGUGGACGCAAACUGGUAGAACUCUGGUGUUUUCUUUCAGUCACGUAGUCCUAGUGAAGAUUUUUUACGGUAUUGAUGCAGAGAGAAAGCGGGAUUCGUGGGUUGCUUUAAAGAACUCUAUCAUUUAUUUUCCCUCAGCUUAUUUGGACAUUAAAAUUAAAAGGGAAGUUCUUCAAGCUUAUUUUCUAUGUCCAAUGACUCUUCAGAGGAGACUUCAAUUUUCUCAUUUAGUGUUAAGCAAGGACAAGGGUCCCAAAUUUCAAUACGUUUAAUGAUUUUACUUAAAGAGAAAAUCCAGUCAGUUAUUUAGUCUUUCUUCAUAAAAUCACAUCAAUAUCCCUGGUUUAAACUAUGAAUUAUGUUUAAUCCUUUCAGAAAUCUCUCAGGGAAUCCUUCAACACUUAGUUCUUCCAUUUAGAUGUUGUUGUUUGUUUUUUUUUGGACACAUUGUCCAAGCACAAAUUGUCCACAAAACAUCAGACAGGUUUGUUGACUCAGCUUGAAGCAACGUCAGGAUUAUUUAACAAUCAGAGUGACUGAUGGUGAUGGAAACCAGUAAAUGUAAAGAAUUAAAAAGCAAAAAUGAGUUAGUUCAUAAAAUCUCUUUAAGUUUUUACUUCCAUUCUUACUUGCUAAGUCUUCCAGAAAGCAAAGCUCGUGCUGACGCUUGUUUAAUAGAUUUCCAUUGUUAAAGCAUCACUUAAGAAUCCAAUAAGCAAAACAGCAGCUCACUGCCAAACAGGUGGGGGCCACUCGGAUGGGAAAUUCCUGAUUUGAGGAAGCGAUCCAACAUUGUUAGUCUAAUGAUGUCAUGUCCAUUACAGCCAUACAUUAUUUAGUGGUAGUUAAAAGCAUUAGCCUGCUGUGGUCUUGUCUUUGUUUGUCACAGAAGUUGGGGAAAGAAUUAAAAUCUCAACCAUGUGGAUUAAAUGUACUGAACCUUGAUUUAUUAAACUUGCAUUUAAAUUCUGA